UACACGUCGCCAGAUUCCAGAAUUUCCUGUCUCUGACUAUUCUCUAUAUUCCUUGAACCUCACAAAGCCCCUCUAUUUUCCCAUACUUUCUCUCCAUCCGAACACUCUCCCAGCUCCCAUGGCUAUUCUAUUAUCCUCUUUACAACCCACACUUCAGCUCCCCUAUAUGCCAUCUUCACCAUCAUCAUCAUCUUCUUCUUCUUCAGUCUCUCUCCUCAGCCUCACCACCUUCUCCACCAAGCCUACAAACUCACUAACUUUCACAUUAUCCAAGUACAAAUCCAGUUUCUUGAACAACCUUAAACCCAUUUCCCUCUCACCCAGAAAAAGCCAUCCUGGCAAUAAUGCUUCACUCUCUGUCCGAAUGUCUUGGGAUGGUCCACUCUCUUCAGUGAAGUUGAUUAUGCAGGGCAGGAAUUUGGAGUUAACUGAGACUGUCAAGAAGCAUGUGGAAGAGAAGGUGGGGAAGGCAAUUGCUAAGCACAGUCAUUUGGUUAGGGAGGUGGAUGUCAGGUUUUCAGUUCGGGGUGGAGAGUUUGGGAAAGGCCCAAGAAUUCGGCGGUGUGAGGUUACAUUGUAUACAAAGAAGCAUGGAGUGGUUCGAGCAGAGGAAGAAGGUGAGACAGUCUUUGGGAGUAUAGAUUUGGUCUCAUCGAUAAUACAAAGGAAGCUGAGGAAGAUUAAAGAGAAGGAGUCCGAUCAUGGCCGGCACAUGAAGGGGUUCGACAGAUUGAAAGUUAGGGAGCCUACAAUACAACCAAUGAAGGAAAAGACAAAUGAUGAAGAGGAAGAUGCCAUUUCUCAAGAAGAUGAUGGAGAAAUUAUUGAUGAGAUUGUUCGUACAAAAUACUUUGAUAUGCCACCUUUGACUGUCUCUGAAGCAAUUGAACAACUGGAAAAUGUUGAUCAUGAUUUCUAUGCUUUCCGGAAUGAAGAAACUGGUGAGAUUAAUAUCGUGUACAAAAGAAAAGCUGGAGGAUAUGGUGUUAUCAUACCUAAAGAAGACGGUAAAGCUGAGAAAUUUGAGCCCAGGGUGGUGGAACCAGCUAGAGAACCCUCCUUGGCAGACUAGAUGUACCUAGCAAAGGAAGAUCCUUUUUCAGAGAUAAUUUAACUAGCUAUGUCUUCGAAUCAAACGGCAAUGAUGUAUUUGGAGGACUCGGCAUGCUUAGACAAACCCGAAACAUUUAAGAUCAAAUGAGGAAAUUUUGAGAUGUAUGAACAUGUUUACAAGGGUAAUUAGUUAUUGUAAGUUGAUAUGCACCACGUGAUUUCCAACACUAAUGGAGCAGAUAUAACAUGUAAUUACUAUGCAAUCUGUAAAUGAUAAUUAGCUCAGAUGACUCUCUUUCAUUCUA